AAAUAAAAAAGGGUUGCCAACAAUGACUUCUUCAACCAUUUGCUAUUUGCUUUUUCCGUUGUUGUUGAAGAUGCACGUACCAGACAGAAGUAGGUAGAAGGGGUUGCGUUUUGGUUUUGAUCGGAAAAAGGGUAUAUAAGAAGGCUCCAGUGUAUUUACCGAUCCAAACAGCCAUUUUUAUCGUUACCAUAUAUAUAUUCUCUCGUACACGUUCGCUCACUCCAUUGCUGAGGCCAAGUUUGCGUCUAUGGCUUCACCCACUCAAACCAAGAGUAACAGUGGAGUUGAAAAACAUGCCGAUAUCAACUGGGAUGAACUUGGAUUUGAUCUAGUCCCAGCAGAUUACAUGUAUGUCACGAAAUUCGGUAAAGAGGAGAAUUUUACCAACGGAGUCGGAAACAUUAUUCCCUAUGCAAACAUUGCAAUAAGCCCAUUUGCCGGAAUCUUAAACUAUGGACAGGGAUUGCUGGAAAGUCUAAAGGCAUACAGGAGAGAUGAUGGUCGUGUAUUGCUCUUUCGACCGGAACAAAAUGCUCAACGCUUGCAGAUUGGUGCAGAGAGACUUUGCAUGCCAUCGCCAUCUAUUGAGCACUUUGUUGAGGCUGUAAAGCAAACAGUCCUGGCCAACAAGCAUUGGGUACCUCCCCCAGGGAAAGGUUCGCUCUAUGUUAGGCCAUUGCUCAUUGGAAGUGGGCCUGUACUGAGUUUCGUAACAGCACCGGAAAUCUCAUUUCUUAUACAUGCUUGCCCUGUUGGAAAUUAUCACAAGGGUCCCUUAAACUUGCUUGUGGAAGAUAAGACCCAUCGUGCUACUCCUGGUGGAACUGGGGACAUCAAGACCAUCACCAACUACUCACCGGUAUACAAAGCAAUAGCUCAAGCAAAGGCCAGAGGAUUCUCUGAUGUCCUAUUCCUAGACGCGGUGACUAAAAAAUAUAUUGAGGAGGUUUCAUCUUGUAAUAUUUUCAUUGUCAAGGGCAAUGUUAUUUCAACCCCAGCAAGUUGUGGAACAAUUCUGCCUGGCAUCACUCGAAAAAGUAUCAUUGAGAUUGCACUUGGCUUUGGUUAUCAGGUCGAGGAACGUGUCAUUCCAUUGAAGGAUUUGUUUGAUGUUGAUGAAGUUUUCUGUACUGGAACUGCUGUGGUUGUAAGUCCAGUUUCUAGUAUAACCUAUGGGGAUAAAAGGGUUGAAUACAAGACUGGAGCUGAAACAGUGUCUAAGAAACUUUAUGAUAUGUUAACUGGGAUUCAAACAGGCCGUAUUGAGGACAAGAUGGGAUGGACUGUCGAAAUUGAUUGAGCCUUCCCUCUCAUUUGUGGCAAAACCUUGUUUCUAUUUUUUUUUUUUUUUUUUAAUUUGGACUAGAAUGCUGCAUUUCUA